UAUCCAUAAAUGAACCAUUACACAGCAGGGCGCAAGCGCACAGUCUUCAUUUCAAAUGUUUUAGCAGAAUGGUAAUCAUUCAAUCAUUGCAAUAUUUACUGCAAACAAAGUUCAGACUCCAUAUUUUAUGGUUCAUCAGUGAGGAGCGUACAGCUACAGGCCCUGACAAGUUUUUCGCCCCAAAAUUCAUUUGAGCCCUUCACCUAGUUCUGAGUGGCUGUCUGACAACAAGCAUUAAUCCACAUCAGUAAUGUGUUUCUGCCGUGUACUGUUAGGCAGCUACAGUACCUGUUUGUUUACUGUGUUUUCUUGUCUUCAUGGAGUCUGUCAGAUGUCUUGUUUUUGCCUCGGCUGCCUGACACAUGGGGGUUGAUGUAUGGUGUGUCUAAAUAUAACAGGAAACAGGAACAAUGGAGGAUAACUACAGUAUGCACAGAAGGCAUUGUUGUUCACUAGGCCUACCUAGCUCUUGUGGUUACCUCACAAAAACACUACUGAAACCUUGAACAGGAAGAGGGCGGGGAUGAUGCAGUACCUCAGUGCAUUUGUGUGCGUGUGCGUGUGUGUGUGUGUGUGUGUGCGUGAGAACAAGACCAUGUUGGUGUGUGUUCAUAGCAUCUCAGGCUUUGCAUUGUAGAGAGACGUGCUCUUAUCGCCUUGUCGUGACAUUCACGUAUCUACCUUGGGGAACAUUUCUGAAGCACACUUCUCAUGGUUUCACCACUUUCCUCCUCUGUUAGAACAGUGAAUGGAGUCUUCUAGAGAAGGAUAGUUUUGGAAUCUGUUUUUGUCUGUUUUUUUUUCUUGAACAUUGGAUGUUGGAGAGCCACCAUGCCUGUGAUCCUAGGGGAGGUCAGCAUUCUCACCACCCCACUUUCGGGGGUCCGCAUCUGGGCUCUUGUCUCGGGAUGUGUCACCUUCAGCCUGGUGGCCUCCAUGGUAGAGCCCACCACCGUCCAGCACUCCGAGCUCUUCCGCACCUUCUGCAUGUCCACCUGGUGCCUCUUCUUCACCCUCAGCCUCCUCAUCCUCAUCAUCACCUACAUCCAGUUCCACAGCCUGCUGCCGCUUUCCUGGAAGAACCUGACGGUGACCGUGGCCGCCAUGGCCGCGCUCAUGGUCUUCACUGCCACGCUGGCGUACCCUUGCCUGGCGCUGAGUGAGAACGCAACCAAGGAGUCUGUCAUAGCCACCAUCUUCUCAGGCCUGACCUUCCUGGCCUACGCCACAGAGACCCACCUCAUCCGCCGGGAACAGAAGGGCUACAUGGCCACGGUACCCGGACUGCUCAAAGUGCUCCAGGUCUUCGGAGGCUGCGUGGGUCUGCUGCUGAUCGCGGAUCAGGUGUCUCACAGGAGCACUGGGUGGGAGGUGGCGAUCCCCGGGAUGGCGUACGGCCUCUGUCUCUCAGCCUCUUUGGGCACAGUGGUGGUCAUGGUGGGAGACUGCGCUGGGCGGUGCCCGCUGCCGUUCGACCGUGUCCUGGCCGGCUUGAGUUCACUGGGAGUCCUGCUCUACAUGGUGGCGGCGGUCGUGAGCUCCACCAAAGUGCUGAACUUGUACAGACCGAACCCAUCUGAGGGGAAACUCAUCAUCGUCUCGGAGAUGGCCUUUGCCUGCAUCACCUUAGUCAGUUACACCGUCGAUCUGGCCUUCUCCGUCAAACUCUUGUGUGACAGAAUCUGAGCUUAUGUUUGGGAUACUGUGUAUUUAUUUAUGUGAGUUUAUUUAAAGGAACCUGCUGUGAUUAACUGACAUGAAAUAUGUGAAACUGACUCUAAAUUAGUCAACUGUCCAAACCUGAGAAAUGUAUCCUCCAAAUAAGCUCAAAAAACAAAUGAAAUGUUGUUAAUGUGUCAUUGAAGAUGACAUUGGUGUGAAUUGGGUAAUUGUAUUUUUCCAAUCCAAAAUAUUCCGCAGAUUACCCAUAAACCCAGCAACAAAAUUAUUAGCAGUUGAAUAAUUGUUGAACAGCCUAGUGAUUGCUUACUCCUGAAAAUGUGUAUGCCACUUCAAUUUUAUAUAAAUCAUACAAUGCUUUACAGUAUAAGAAAUCUCCUUUAAAGACCACAUGCUCUAAUUGUUUUGUUUUUUUUACAAUGCACAGUAUAUGUCAGAAUUUUGAAUGUAACACACAUUGUUAUUUGAUGUGGGAUUUGAUGUGUUGACAAAAGUCAAGUCACUUUAUUUGAAAAGAGCAUUUUUAAAACCACAGUGUUCACCCAAAGUGCUUCACCGUUGAUCACAGCUGAAAAAGUGGACUACAAUUUCAUUCAGUGUGGUCUAGGUUCACACCCUGCCUAUAUCUCUGGCUGGCUUGGAGUCAGCUAGGCCUAUAGAGGUCUGUAUUUGCUGUUUGUUUGUGUUAUAAAGCUGAUUAUGAUUUAUGAA